CUGACCAGAGCAGUGCUUACACAGCUGCAGAGGAGCUGUCUGUCUGACAGUGACAGGGGAGUUACAGCACAGUCCCAGCAGUAACACUAUUGAGGACUGAGAGGGGACACACACAGACACAGAGGCAGGGAUGGAAGACUCUGGGCCUACACUGGCAUCUGGGCCCACUUCUAAUUCUAGUCCACCUAUAAUGGAGGAGUCUAGUGCCAAACUGUUCUGCUGCCACUGGGUAAGGCACAGAAUCCCCCUUGCACAUAGAGAGGAACUCUACCACAUUCUCCGGAUGACUGGACCCUUGCUGCUAUCUCGAAUCCUAAACUACCUGCUUCCGUUUGUCAUCACUAUGUUCUGUGGUCGCCUGGGGAAUGAGAUGUUAGCUGGCUAUGGCCUGGCCUGUGCGACUAUUAAUGUUACGACUGCAGCAACAGGAGGUGGACUUGCCUUAGCAUGUGACACUUUGGUAUCUCAGACAUUUGGUGGUAAGAACCUGCAGCGUGUGGGGGUGAUUCUCCAGAGGAGUGUGUUGAUCCUACUGCUCUUCUGUCUCCCCUGCUGGGCCAUGCUCCUCAACACCCAGUCUAUCCUGCUGGCUCUGGGCCAGGAGCCUGAAGUUGCCAGGAUAGCACAGCUGUAUGUCAUCGCCUACCUACCUGCAGUGCCAGCUAUUUUCCUGCAUCAACUUCAGGCUUCUUAUCUCCAAAACCAGGGGAUAAUACUGCCUCAGAUGUACACAGCAGCAGCGGCCAACAUCGCCAAUGUGGUGACAAACUAUAUCCUGCUCUACUGGAUGGACCUGGGAGUGAUAGGGUCGGCAGCAGCUAAUACGCUUUCCCAACUCUACAUAUGUUCCUUCUUAUUUGCUUACAUUUGUUGGAAGAAGCUACAUGUGAAAACAUGGGGAGGCUGGACUACAGAAGCGCUGCAGGAGUGGGGCUCUUAUAUGAAACUAGCCAUCCCCAGUACUCUGAUGCUGUGUUUCGAAUGGUGGAUCUAUGAGCUUGGGGGGUUCCUUGCAGGCAUGCUGAGUGAAGUGGACCUGGCUGCUCAACAUGUGGUCAUAAUGCUGGCUUUCAUCAACUACAUGUUCCCCCUGGGGAUCCAGGCUGCAGCAUGUGUUCGUGUGGGGAACGCCCUGGGGGCCGGAGACACAGCCGGGGCCAUCCUCACCAGCAAGGUGUCCCUUGCCCUGUCAGGUUCAAUGGCAGUAAUUCAGGGAAUCAUGCUGAUCUCUACUAAAACAGUAAUUGGCUUCAUGUUUACUUCUGAUGCGCAGAUCAUAGAUCUGGUCUCUCAACUUCUCAAUGUGUAUUGUGUUCUUCAGUUCUUUGAUGGGCUAGUGUGUGUGUGUAUGGGAAUCAUCCUGGGCACGGGCAAACAGAAGAUAGCAGCGAUGGCUAAUCUCAUCACCUACUACUGCGUGGGCCUUCCACUGGGCAUCUCUUUGAUGUUUGCAGCUGGCCUCAGGGUUGUAGGGUUCUGGUUAGGCCUGUUAAUCUGUGUAAUUCUACAGUCCAGCUUCUUCAUCACUGUCAUCUUCAGGCUCGACUGGAAGAAAAUGACAGAGAAGGCUGUGAAACGAGCUGGAAAGGCUGGACAUAUGGUGUCAAUGAGGAGUAUAGUUGCACCUGACCACACAGAGAACAAUGGCAGGACAGUGAAUGGAUACAUGUCAGUGAGUGCUGAGGGCCAGGGGGACCUCAGGGGAAGCAAUUUGACCCCAGAGGUGCAGAAGGAGGAUGGGAGCCCCAGAGCCCUGCUCUCCACCACCCAGCUGGUCCUGAGGAGAGGUUUCACCGUACUGGCUGCCAUUGUCAUCCUAGCUGUGGGGACAAGUGUCCAUCUUCUACUGCCUCUACCAAUCAGCUCAUGGCGCAAUCUGAGUGUAGACUGGAGCAACACUACAUUUACGACUACCUACCCCCCUGAACUCACCCCGUCAACAGUUCUCAUCUAGGAGUAAUACCUGGGCGAUCCAGAACAGACCCUGUAGCAAGACAGUCAUAGUGUGCUGUGUCACUGAAUCUGUUAUUACACCAAUUAUUAAACGCAAAUCAGAUUUUUCCUGCAAUCUAGAGCUAUAAUCAUUAUGUAUAUUUUUCUGUAGGUUAUCUAUGCAUACCUCUUACCUUGUUCAAUUGUCAUUUUAAUGAAUGAUGUAAAUUGAUUCUUUUUAAGAAAUGUUAUGCCUUCAGUACAUUUAGUAAGGGCUUGCAUUUCUAAAGUGUAGCAACCUUGGCAGCAGGCAUGCCCAGCUAAGAUACAGUAAUUAGACAAGCUACUCUAACUUGAUUGAUAGCCUGACAUGUUUUGUUAGCUAGACUCGUCGGCUGUCCCCCUAGGAGAACCCUUUGAAGAGCCCCUUUUGGUUCCAGAUAGAAUCCUUUUUGGUUCCAGAUAGAAGCCUUUUGGGUUCCAUGUAGAGGGUUCUACAUAGAACCAAAAAUAGUUAUGUCCUACAAAAAGGGUUCAACUUGGAACCAAAAAGGUUUAUCCUAUGGGGGCAACCUCAGAACUCUUUUGUGAUCCUUUUUUCUUAAAGUGUAGGUAUGAAGUUGGGAAUCUAUCUAGCUGGUUAGCUAAAGCCAAUUUCAAAAACUUGCUAGGUGGCUAGUAUUACAGAGAAACAACAACGCAUUUUGAUUUGAUAUAUUCAUCAAGAAGGAAUCAAUAGGCUACAUAGAUUGAUCAAAUUCAUUUACAAUUAUACCCUUCUGCACAUCACCGGCAGCUAAAAUCAAAUCAAACCCUGUGUGUGUCACUCUCUCUCUCCUCCUCCACUGCAUGCAGUAGAGUAUCGAGCUUCCUGCCUAGGCAUUUCUUUGCUCUGUGCACCUUGGAGGGAACCACUUACUAGAAAGACUAAAGGGGGGUUUGGGGUGUUCUCUUUGCCUGGUCCAGUCAGUGUGCUGUAAAAAUACUGUAAAAAUCGGACAAAUCUGAGGGGGCACGUGCCCCCUAUGGGCAUGACGCCACUGGUUUUGGAAUUAAUUAAUAGAAUGCAAUACAAACAUUUAGGAUGGUACAGUGUGAGUCUGUCUUUACUUUUUAGUUUACAAUAUAUCAUAUUACCAUGAGAAAACAUUAGGUUUGAUUGCUUUGUGUAAUCAGCUCACAGUGUGAUACAGUUUCAUUCAGAUGAUUAAUGAAAAGGUCCAGAAUAAGUAACCCCAUGGCUCCUCACAGACCAACAGUACUGGAAUUUUGGCACCAUACUGUAGUUUGGCCAGCUCCUCUUCACUCCUAUCGUCUCUGCUUCGUUGCUUAGGUAGUCCUCUGACCACUCUCACUGAG